ACAGGUUCGGGGAGAGUUACAAGUGGAAGCAGAGGUACUCUGUAUUGUUUGUAAAGGAGGGUGGGUUGUUGGCACAAGAAUUAUCACGUGACUGCUCUUUCCAAAUAGUUUCUCUCAAUAUUGGCAUCAAAGAAAAAAGCUAGGUAAACUCUGCAGGGCUUGAAAAAGCAAGGGUCUUUUAUCUGGCACUGGCUGAAACGUAUAAAAGCUGUCAUCGUUGGUUUAUCGCAGGUGACAGUUCUGCUAAGUGACUAGAUGACUCUGUGAGGACGCUCCGCGACGGAUCUAGUGCUUUUUUGUGAACUGAAUUUCCAAAGCUUGUAUACUUUUUGAAGACCUCUACAAGAAGUGACCGCAGCUAACGAGAAAAAAAAAAAUCAGAUUCUAAAAUAUCAAAAUGCUUUUUAAGAGCCUCAAAAGUUUCUCUGUGGAGCUGGAGGGCCCCGAAGACGCGGUGUUCACCAGCGGAGAGAUGGUGUGCGGGAAGGUGGUUCUCGAUCUCGGCAGGGAGAUCAAGGUGAGGUCGCUGAAGGUAGUGGGCAGUGGCGAGGCGACCGUGCACUGGACCCAGAACCGCAGCGUGGGCGUGAACAUCAUCUACAACGACUACUCGUCCAGCCAGACCUACUUCAGAAAGCGGUUCCGUCUCAUCCGAGAUAAUGGGGAGCUCACCAUUCUGCAGGCUGGAAAGCACGAAUUUCCGUUCAGCUUCCAGCUUCCUGAAGAUAGAACUCUGGUGACCUCCUUUGAGGGCAAGCAUGGCAGCAUCCGAUACUGUGUGAAAGCAAAGCUUCACAGGCCUUGGAACACGGUGAAGAAAAUAAAGAAGGAGUUCACUGUGAUCGAGCCCAUUGAUAUCAACACGCCAGCAUUACUAGCAUCUCAAGCUGGCAACAAAGACAAAAUGGCGCGGAUGUGGUACCGUAACCUGGGGCAAGUUUCCCUCACCGCCAAGAUCGACAGAAAGGGCUACACACCGGGUGAAGUGAUCCCAAUCUUUGCAGAAUUCGACAACUCCACCCACCGCUCUGUGGUCCCGAAGGCUUAUAUCACUCAGACUCAGACCUUCAUUGCCCGCGGCACCAUGAAGCAGAAGAAAUCCGUCGUGGCCACUCUGAGCGGCGACGCGGUCGGAGCACGGAAACGGGAGACCUGGCAUGGGCGAGCCAUCAAGAUCCCUCCCGUGGGGCCGUCCAUCCUGCAGUGUCGCAUCAUCCGUGUGGAGUACACGCUGCGGGUGUGUGUGGAUGUCCCUGGAACCUCCAAGCUGUCCCUGGAACUGCCCUUGGUCAUGGGCACCAUCCCACUGCACCCCUUCGGCAGCCGCACCUCCAGCGUGAGCAGCCAGUACAGCGUCAACCUGGAUUGGCUCCGCAUGGCCAUCCCCGAGCAACCUGAGCCUCCACCAGAUUACUGCGCCAUUGUCUCUGACGAGGAAGCCGAGCGCAACAUGUCCCCACCUCUGAUAGAGGAAGACUUCACGGGGGUCUUGCAGCGCCCCUUCUUCGCCUACGUGCAGGAGUUCCGUUACCGCCCCCCUCCCUUCUACUCUGAGGUUGACCCCCAUCCUCAGAUCUCCAACAUGAGACAACGCUGCAUGACAUGUUGAACAGCACGACGUGACUGAAUGGAAGUGAUUUCGCCUGGAUUUGUUAUCCAGAGAUUUGAUUGAAGUCCUGAAGCGUGUUUUGCUAGGGGGCGUGGUUGAAGAAUGAAUGGUUUCUCCCCCCCCCCCCCCCCC